AUGUUGUUGGAAGAUAUAAUAACUAGACAUGAGCAAGAUGGUCCAGGUCCACUUUACGAUAAUAACAGUAAUAGUAUUAAUAUUGUAGUUCAUGAAUUAGAAGAAGCUGAAAAAGCCAUGGGGAAUAUGUCAGAUCUUAUUAAAGCUCAAAUUGCUAAUCAUACUCUUUAUCAAUACUUAGUGUCUGCCUAUAUCGACUGCCGAAAGGUUGGAGCACCACCAGAAAUGACUUCAAUACUCAGCAUGGAGAAUUGCAUAAUCACCAGCUGUCCCACAGAAAUUGGAACUGAUCCAGAACUUGAUGAAUUUAUGGUGAAAAUCUCAUAUGAACCAUAUUGUGGGAUACUACACAAAUACAAAGAGGAGCUGUCAAAGCCAUUUGAUGAAGCCACGGCCUUCUUGAAUAACAUUAAGUCGCAGCUGAAUAAUCUUUGCAACGAGAACUUAACGCCACAAACAACUGCCGCCAAAACCGGAAAUUAUCAUUCUGGGUUUCGAGAUAAUAGCAUGUUGCUAUAG